AUGUCUGAGGAGGAAAAUUCAUACAAGCAGUACGAAAUUAAAGAGGGCAUUGUUUUUCUUAUAGAGCUUUCCAGUGCAAUCUUCGAGCCCAUCAAGGAACUUAACGGAAGAUCACAGUUCUUGGAGAUCCUUUCAUGUAUCAAUGACCUCGUCUCCGACAUGAUUAUGACCUACCCGAAGAACGGCGUAGGGAUUUACCUCUACAAUUGCAAAGAAACAAGCAAGAAAUUCCCAAAGAAUUGCGGGAUGUCCAAAAUAUUCUCACUCAACGACUUGAACAGUUCCAAUAUGAAGAGGCUCAAUGAAUAUGUGAGAGAUGAAAUUGACGGGUUCAAGAAAUUGAGCGAAAGGUAUCCUUAUAACGAUGAGCCAAGGGAUAAGCUCCAUACUGUACUCAAAACUGUACUUCGUGAGUUCCAAUUGAAGACUCAAUACAAUGUGAAGAAAAUGUUAUGGCUCACCAAUAACGAUAAGCCCUACAUCAACAAGGAAUUAAAGGAUAGUUUACGUACGAUGAUAAGUGAUUUCGAAGAUAACAAGAUCUGGAUCAAUCCUAUUUUCCUAGACACGUUUGAGGAUGCAGAGCAAACCAAAACGCGUGAUUUCGAUGUCUCGCUAUACCAGAACAUCUUCUUGAACACGAAUUUCUUGAGCCUGAUGGAUGAUCAGAUGCAACAAAGAGAAGAAGCCAGUCUGCUAUUCAAGAGCAUCAAGAAAGAAGAGGAUCUGGACACCCCAGUGUGGCAUGAUACGCUUGUUUCAUCCCAUAUCCGAAAGUCCAUCUCCCGAUUGAAGGAGAUUAGACGCAUUCAAUUUGCAUGCGACUUGAUUUUGAGUGAUGGCCCUGGCAUUGGAGGAAGGCUUGGUUGCUCCGUGAAAGGUUACACGUUGUAUAAUCACGAGGGCGUGAGACUGUUCAGGCAAGUCUACACUGGUGGAGAGUCACUUAGACUAGUCCAGGUGGAAAGCAAGCUUCUGAGACAAGACACAUAUGAAGAGGUAGACUUGAAGCAGGAAGAGAAGCCAGAGGAGCAAAAGGCGAAGCAUACACUUGUCAAAGGCAUUCCCGUUAAACGUACGAACGACAAGGAAGCGGAACUCAACGAGAAGAUCAUCUACGUUAAUGAAGAAACCAUGGAUUAUAUGAGGAGCUAUGCUUUCGAUAACCUACCAGAAGAUGAGACGCAAGAUAUCGAUGAAGAAGAGGAGGAGGAGGGGGAAAAGGACCUCGUCUCGUUCAGUAAAGCGCCCUACUUGAAAUUGUUGUGUUUUAGGCACAUCGACACUUACAAGCCCUAUUUCAAUCUCAAAGCGCCUCUUUUUGUGACUGCUGACUUUAGUGACGGCUUGAGCUCUGCUAGUAAGGACGGCGGGUACACAAAUUCUUUUAAAACCCUCAAACAUCUUUACCAAGGAUGUGUCAAGCUUGAGAGGUAUGCAGUGGUUUUUGGCUGCAUCAGGAAGAAUGCCACACCCAACUUGUAUGCUUUGUAUCCGACAAAUAUCAAGCAAUCAAGCACACAUUUGAAGGACAAGAGUUUGCCUGAGGGCUUUUUGUUGAUUCAGUUGCCAUGGCUCAACGAGAUCAGAAGCUUGCCUGACUACAUGUUCGACGAAGACGAGCGGUACUUCAAUGAAGAUGAGCAGGCAUUGGUCCCCGAGCCGCUAGAGGAGCUUUUCAAACUUUUGAUUGAAACCGUUGGUAUUGAUUCGAGCUAUGAUCCCUAUCAGCAUCCCAACCCGGUGCUCAACUACUUUUACAAAGUUAUCAAACAGGAAGCACUACAAAUCGAUAUCAAGGAUGAGCUGACGUCACUUCAAGAUAACGACUGGACGUCUCAAAAACUCAUUGAGCUCAGGGAACGUCUUGAGUCCAAGAAGGAGACACUGGACCUUCUUCGCCUCAUAAACUCGAGUCUCAGCAAAAUUGGCAACGACGAAGUUAGGAAAAGAGUAGCCGAGAACAAUAGGAGCCCAGGCAAGAAGCCGAAGUUCGACAAACUCACUCAAGAGGCGAUCGUGAUGAUCUGGCGAAAUAAUUUAUGGAAAGAGGUCACAGUGGCACAACUCAAGGACUUCAUCAGUCGAUACAGCGGCAGCAUCAAAAGUGCCUCGCGCAAGGCAGACAUGAUAGCGAAUAUCUCCGAGUUUCUAGAGUCGAGGAAGUAG